AUUUUUUGCACAGCCCUACUUACUUCCUUUGUGUAAUAUAUGCAAACUUACUACAUGUAUACAAAGAUCAGAAUGUAUAACUGUGACUGAAACUUAACAAAAUUCACUCGUACAUGGGAUGUCCAGAAGAUGGGUUCCUCAUGCAGGUCUGUCUCUGUGUGUGAAUCGAGCAGCAGAUCACAGAUGAAGGUCUCAUAACCAUCUGUCGCGGGUGCCAUCGGCUGCAGUCUUUAUGCGUGUCGGGAUGUGCAAACAUCACAGACGUGAUUCUCAAUGCCUUGGGCCAAAACUGCCCUCGCCUCAGAAUAUUAGAGGUGGCUCGCUGCUCUCAGCUUACAGAUGUAGGCUUCACCUCACUUGCACGGAAUUGCCAUGAAUUAGAAAAGAUGGAUUUAGAAGAGUGUGUACAGAUUACAGAUGGGACGCUCAUCCAGCUAUCUAUACACUGCCCUCGACUCCAGGUUCUGAGUUUGUCUCACUGCGAGCUCCUCACUGAUGAUGGCAUCAGGCAGCUGGGCAGCGGACCCUGCGCUCACGACCGUCUGGAGGUGAUCGAGCUCGACAACUGCCCGCUCAUCACAGACGCGUCAUUAGAACAUCUGAAGAUCUGCCACAGGCUGGACCGCAUCGAGCUGUACGACUGUCAGCAGAUCACCCGCGCCGGCAUCAAACGCUUGAGGACUCACUUGCCCAACAUUAAAGUUCACGCCUACUUUGCACCCGUGACUCCGCCUCCAUCGGUGGGCGGGAGCCGCCAGAGAUUCUGUCGCUGCUCUGUGUGUUUUGUGACCCCAUUCUGCACUUCACUGCCAGUUAAAGAGAUAGUUCACCCAAAAUGAAAAUUCUGUCAUAAUUUAUUCACCCUUAAGUUGAUGCUAGCCAUUGACUUCCAUAGUAUAUUUUUCCAUACUAUAGUGUCAAUGGCUACCGUCAACUGGUUACCAACAUUACCUUCAUUUGUGCUCCAGAGAAGAAAGAAACUCAUACAGGUUUGGUACAACUUGAGGGUGAGUUCAUUUUUGGGUGAAAUAUCCCUUUAAUCAUUUUGUAGCACCUGAGAUUUUUCACAUUAUAUGCAUAUUUACAUUUUUACAUGCGUCUUUCAACAGUUGUAAGACAUUCGUUGAUCAUCAGUACACUCUUAGAGCAAAACAAAGGUGAAAUCUGAUUCACAUACAACAACAAUCUUUAUAGAGACAAAUACUAAUUGACUGCAGCACAACUACGAAAAUGCUGUUACAUACUGCUAUUGAACAGAUUCUCUAUGCUUUCUUCAGGAACGCUAGAACUUUCAUUCAUUCAGGUUGGGAAGCAUUUGCAUUAAUCAACACCUGAGUCAUCCUGGAUAAGUUCAGCUACUCUGGGUGAAAGCAUUAAAGGAACACUCCACUUUUUUUGAAAAUAGGCUCAUUUUCCAACUCCCCUGGAGUUAAAGUUGAGUUUUACUGAUUUCGAAUCCAUUCAGCUGAUCUCUGGGUCUGGCGUUAGCACUUUUAGCUUAGCUUAGCUUAGCGUAGGUCUUUGAAUCUGAUUAGACCGUUAGCAUCUCACUCAAAAUUGACCAAAGAGUUUCUAUAUUUUUCCUAUUUAAAACUUGACUCUUCUGUAGUUACAUUGUGUACUAAGACCGAUGGAAACCAAAAAGUUUUGAUUUUCUAGGCCAAAAUGGCUAGCAACUAUACUCUCAUUCUGGCGUAAUAAUCAAGGAACUUUGCUGCUCUAUCAUGGGUGCAUCAGGCACUGGGAUAUUAUGCAGCAACCGAAAAUAGUCCCCAGCUAGUUUGUGUAGUUGCAGAGUUGCUGGGGACUAUUUUCAGGCUGCAGAGUACCUUUAUUACUACGCCGGAAUGAGAGUAUAGUUCCUAGCCAUAUCGGCCAAGAAAAUCACAACUUUUCAUUUUCCAUCGGUCUUAGAUUUUUGCAUUGUGACAUUGUUUUCUAUACAAUU